UCACGGUAGAGGUGAUGUGAUUCUCCCCGCCGCCAUUUUUAGGGAACUGCCUAGCAAGAGACAAACUUUGCUAGCUGCUGCCUACGUUAGCAGCUAUCGACUUGGCCAGUAGUCCGGUUGCCUGCCAUCUCGUUGUGACAGUUAACGCUUGGCAAUCGUUAGCCAGGUCAGCUAGCCUGGCGUUCAUUUAUAUUCUUAUUCCUGCUGCCAGACACUACGGAUGACACGAAACGGUUAUUGCAACAGCAAACAAUUAGUGAAGACUUCAAGUUAGCGAACCCAUCUAUAUUUGGGUAGGGCAAUUAUGCAGUUAGAUUAGCAAAUUAGCUUUGCUAACUUAACAGCUAGCGAAUCCACACUUUGAUUUCUCAGGGCUGCAUUGCCUGUCUGUGAUUUAGCCACCUUGCGCUGCUGUGAUCAGGGCAACUGGGUUAAUCAGCCGUUUACAUCCUACCUCUCAACCUGUGUGGAUUCCUUUUUGCCAGGUGUCCAUGCGCUGCUUUCUUAGGCUCAUCCAUUACUGCAAAUGAAUCUUCGGCUGUUUUGGUGGAGCUCAGCACCCAGAUAGUCCCAUCCCCUUUGUGUGGGUGGUAAGGGGACUACAUAAACCAGGAUGCCCUCCUCUGUAAGGGCAGGGAGCCUGAAGGAUCCGGAGGUGGCUGAGCUUUUCUUCAAGGAAGAUCCGGAGAAGCUUUUCUCUGACCUCCGAGAGAUUGGCCAUGGCAGCUUUGGCGCCGUCUACUUUGCACGGGAUGUGCGCACAAACGAGGUGGUGGCAAUUAAAAAGAUGUCCUACAGUGGCAAACAGUCUAAUGAGAAAUGGCAGGACAUUAUAAAGGAGGUGAAGUUUCUCCAAAGGAUUCGUCACCCCAACAGUAUAGAGUACAAAGGAUGUUACCUUCGAGAGCACACAGCAUGGCUGGUAAUGGAGUAUUGUCUUGGCUCAGCCUCUGACCUGCUUGAAGUUCAUAAAAAACCCUUGCAAGAAGUUGAAAUUGCUGCCAUUACGCAUGGUGCCCUGCAGGGGCUGGCCUACCUUCAUUCCCACAACAUGAUCCAUAGGGAUGUGAAGGCAGGCAACAUCCUGCUGACUGAGCCUGGCCAAGUCAAGCUGGCAGACUUUGGUUCUGCCUCCAUUGCCUCACCUGCCAACUCCUUUGUGGGAACGCCAUAUUGGAUGGCUCCAGAGGUGAUUCUAGCUAUGGAUGAGGGCCAGUAUGACGGAAAGGUGGAUGUCUGGUCCUUAGGGAUUACUUGUAUAGAAUUAGCUGAGAGGAAGCCUCCAUUGUUUAAUAUGAAUGCAAUGAGUGCCUUAUACCACAUAGCGCAGAAUGAGAGCCCUACACUGCAAUCCAGUGAAUGGACGGAUUACUUUAGGAACUUUAUUGAUUCUUGCCUUCAGAAAAUCCCCCAGGACAGACCACACUCUGACGACAUGUUGGGUCAUGCAUUUCUGCAACGUGAACGCCCAGACUCUGUGCUGAUGGAUCUUAUUCAAAGAACCAAGGAUGCUGUGCGAGAGCUGGACAACUUGCAGUACCGCAAAAUGAAGAAGAUCCUCCUUCAGGAAGCUCACAAUGGGCCCACCACAGAAGCCCAAGAUGGAGAUGAGGACCUGGAACCAGGAGGGGGUCGGACUGGAACGGUAAACAGCGUUGGCAGUAAUCAGUCCAUCCCCAGCAUGUCAAUCAGCGCCAGCUCUCAGAGCAGCUCUGUCAACAGUCUGAACGAGGCAGCCCAGGACAGUCGCAGCGAGCUGGACUUGAUGGAGGGAGACCACACUGUCAUGUCCAACAGCUCUGUCAUACACCUCAAACCGGAGGAAGAGGAGAGUCUCUCCGGGGAGCAGGCAGCCAGCAGUCAGCCUACUGAGCCUCAGGCAGCGCCAGCUCAGGCCCCAAGGAAGCACUACCGCAACAGAGAGCACUUUGCCACCAUACGCACAGCAUCACUUGUGACCCGUGAGAUGCAAGAGCAUGAGCAGGAUUCAGAGCUGAGGGAGCAGAUGUCAGGGUACAAGCGCAUGAGGCGGCAACACCAGAAGCACCUGAUGGCCCUGGAGAACAAGCUGAAAGGGGAGAUGGAUGAGCACAGGCUGAGGUUGGACAAAGAGCUGGAGAGUCAGAGGAACAACUUCACCCAGGAGAUGGAGAAACUCCUCAAAAAACACCAGGCAGCGUUGGAGAAAGAUUUAAAGACCUUUGCCAACGAUGAGAAGAAGUUCCAGCAGCACAUACAGGUUCAGCAGAAGAAAGAACUCAGCAGCUUCUUGGAGUCACAAAAGCGAGAGUAUAAACUUCGCAAGGAGCAACUCAAAGAGGAACUGAGUGAGAACCAGUCGACUCCCAAAAAAGAGAAGCAGGAGUGGCUGUCUAAGCAGAAAGAAAACAUUCAGCAUUUCCAGGCAGAGGAGGAGGCCAACCUGCUGAGGAGACAGAGGCAGUACCUGGAUCUGGAGUGUCGGCGGUUCAAACGAAGGAUCCUCAUUGCUAGACACAAUGUGGAGCAGGAUCUGGCCAGAGAGGAGCUGAACAAGCGGCAAACACAGAAGGACCUGGAGCAUGCAAUGCUGCUCAGGCAUCACGAAUCAAUGCAAGAGCUGGAGUUCAGGCACCUGGGGACGAUCCAGAAGGCCCGCGCAGACCUGAUCCGAACCCAGCACCAGACAGAGCUCACCAACCAGCUGGAAUACAAUAAGAGGAGGGAGAGGGAGCUGAGGCGCAAGCAUGUCAUGGAGGUUCGACAGCAGCCUAAGAGCCUCAAGUCUAAGGAGCUCCAGAUAAAGAAACAGUUCCAGGAGACAUGUAAAACCCAGACCAGGCAGUACAAGGCUCUCCGGAACCAUCUGCUGGAGACAACACCCAAGUCUGACCACAAGGCCGUGCUCAAGAGGCUGAAGGAGGAGCAGACCAGAAAGUUGGCCAUUCUGGCUGAGCAGUAUGACCACUCCAUCAAUGAAAUGCUCUCCACACAAGCUCUGCGGUUAGAUGAGGCUCAGGAGGGGGAGUGUCAGGUUCUAAGGAUGCAGCUGCAGCAGGAGCUGGAGCUGCUCAACGCCUACCAGAGCAAGAUCAAGAUGCAAACAGACGCACAGCAUGACAAGGAGAGGAGGGAGUUGGAGCAGAGGGUAUCUCUGCGAAGGGCUCUGCUGGAGCAGAAAAUUGAGGAGGAAAUGCUUUCCCUGCAAAAUGAGCGCUUGGAGCGGAUCCGCUCGCUGCUGGAGCGCCAGGCCCGAGAGAUUGAAGCUUUCGACUCGGAGUCCUUGAGGCAGGGCUUCAGCAACAUGGUGCUCACUAACCUGGCUCCCGAUUCCCAGGGAGGCUGGGGUGGAGGAGGCGGAGGAGGCCAGGGGGGUCAGGGGGGAGGCCACUGGCCCGGAGGAGGUGGAGGAGGCGGUCACCAUAGUCAUCACCACCAGGGGGGCUCCAGCUCACAGCAGCCCUGGGGCCACCCCAUGCUAGCUGGGGGCCCGCCACCCUGGAGCCUCCACCACCCCGGAGGAGGGAGUCAGAGGGGCAGCCAAGGAGGCGCGGGAGGGGUGAGGAACAGCCCACAGGCUAUGAGGAGGACGUCAUCAGGGGGGAGGAGUGAACAGGGCAUGAGCAGGAGCGCCAGCAUCACCUCUCAGAUCUCCAAUGGAUCCCACCUGUCGUACACUUAGAACGCACACACAAGCAACACAAUAACUGUCUUAAAUUUUUUUGCUCUGAGGCAACACACACAUACCACACACACAUUUACACACAUUUGCUGUCAUUUCCCACAAUACAAUCCAUGUCACACUACACAUGACAGAGACUGGGUUAAUGUCCACCAUCACUGCUCUCUUGCAUCAGUGUUCUGCUUGCAGCCGUCUGUGGAAACCCCAAAGAGUUGAGACCAAUCCGAAUUGGCUGAGGGCCAUUUACAGUGUGCCACGGUACCACUGUGUCAUUUUUACCAAAGCCUGCAGGGCUGUUUUAUGUACUUGUUUUUGUCAUGUUAUCAUGUCUCUGUUGUGAUAUAUUAACCAUGGAGUUUAUCCAGAGUUGUAAGCUUGCAGCAAGUUUGUUUUAUGCACACAUUGGCUUAAUUAGAUAUUUGAUGUUGUGGUUGUACAUAAACAUGUUUUAUAGGGACUGUUGAUGUUUUCAGAGUAACAUUUACAAAUUUAUUAAUGUAAGAUGCCAUUAGAUCAUUCAAACAUCAAGAUUUAAAUCCAUAUAUUAGUGUGUUGUUAAUGUGCAGUUGCAGGCAAAUAAGAUGGCAGAAGGACAGAGAGGGUGGAACAGAAAAGGGAGCAAGAGUGAAAGUUGUUAAGGAUUACAGGAUUGGUCAGGAGUUUGGGGAUGUUAUGAAUAGCUUAAAACUUGCAGUCUUUCAUCCCAUGAAAAUACGCAUAAAAGCUUCAUGCUUUCAGGUGCUGGUGCCACAUGAGUUUUCAGUUCCUGGAGUAAAUAGUUAUGUGAGGAAUGUGAAGAAAGCUGCUAAGAUGCCAAUGGUAAGAGGUACAGAGUCAGAUUUCUACGAACUAUAAAUGCCAUUGUAUUGUUUUAUAUUUACAUAUAUUGUGCCAGAGAGGUUCACUACAGUGUUGAGUCUGUUAACACCACAAGGCCAUGUAUAAAUAGUCAUUUCUCCUGCACGCUCAGCUCUGUCGGCUCAGCUCUUUGGUUUCCACACACCUCUGCUCCCUUUCUUUCGCCUGCCCAGCAGACAGCCAGUCUGAGGUAAACUGUAGCCAUAUUUAGUCCACAGUCCUCACGACAGGGAUGGGCUUCAGCAGCACCUAACCUCAGCUUGAAUAGUUUGGAAUUUGGUGCUCACUCUUCGUUUAUUUGCAGUAGUUAACUUAUGUAAUUUGGCAUCGUCUUAGUGAUGCACUAAAAAACUGUAUGGAGCCUGUUGGCCUACCUCAAGAGCAUUCAAGUAGAGCUUAGUCACACGGUGUCGUGGCAGUAACUUGCACUUUGAUACAGGCCUUCACCCACACUAAUGUUAAUCAGAUUUACAAAGAAAUGCAUACAGAUAAGUCAUUUUCAUGCCACAGUCAAACUGUAUGUAAACUCAGCUGAUGGAUGCAUGUGUAGAUAAAGGGUAAAUAUUAGAGUUUUGUAAAAUGAGCACACAGAGAAAGAAGAUUCAAGAGUUUAAAUGAAUGAACACUAUAAGAAAAAGGAGCUCUCUCCAACCUUCUGUUGGUUGGUGACUGCUGAAUGUCUCAGUGGACAGACAGACGGACGGAUGGAUAGAUGGAUGGAUUGGCGGUGAUGCUGUGAACUCUGCUGCAAUGCUCCUGCAACCUUCCCCAGUCUGACACCCCGCUCUGUCUCACCCCUAAUGACCACAAUGUCACCAUCUGACCACUGAUCUCCCUGCCUCCCACCACCUUUUGUUCCUCCCCACCUGAGCCUUUUUGGUGGUCGUCGCCCCCACCCCCUCCCUGAUCUACUGCGGAAGAGCUCUUCAAGUGAACGAAAAGAAGUAAUGGAUGUGUAUUAUUAUAUUAAUCUAAAAAAAAAAAUUAUAGAGAAGAUGGAAGUUAUUGUGAAAUGCAGAGCUUAUGCAUUCUGUGAUUUUUUUUCUUUUCUCUUUCCUCUCAGAGGUGGAAUGUACAGGCAACCUGUUAAUAUUGUAUAGUAUGAAGUUGAACAUAUGGAAAUUUAAAUGACAAAUCAAAGACAAAUUAACUUGCGAUGAGGGCACAAAGUUGUGGCUUUAGACCAGCAGUAGUCAAAUGAGCGUUCACUGAGUUUUCACUGUCCUACUUGCAGGUGCAAGUUCUGAAUCUUGUUACAGAUGUUCUGUUGUGAACGAUAACACAACCUUAGUUCAGAUUGCUUCAAGUAAAUGGCAACAUUUCUGUUAAUAGUAUAUGAGGAUAAUUUUGCACAUAAAUUGAAAUUUAGUUAGAUGUAGCCUUUGCUUUAGCACUGGCUAUGUUAUACUGACAUUAUACCCCUAAUAGACCCUGUUUAUUCAGGAUUUGUUUUUUUUUUUAGAAGACACUCAGGCCAAAAGUAAAUGUUUUAGUAACACAGAAAUUUCUUUUAAAAUUCUUUAAGAAUCUAAACUGCUGAAGCCUGAAAUAUUUGAUGAACUCUACAACUCUACAAGUUGCUUUUAGAUUCUUGCACAAGACUUAAGAAUCUGUUCUGUUUAUAGCAAGGGUCACUCUAGGUCUUGCAAGAUCCUCUGAGGUUAUUUGGGCUUUUAUUCCUGAUUUGUGCAACAUGUGAUCUGUUUCAUUUAAGGCAGUUUCCUGCUGCCCUUACUUGCCUUUUAAAAAAAGACAUUUAAAAAACAGAAAUCUUACCAGGCUGCACUCAAAACAUGUUGGUUUCCUGUUUUCAGAAACAAAAUUCCCACAUCAUAGUACCAAAUUUCUUUAAUGAACAUUCUCUCCAGCUCCUUAGUGUUUUUAUGCCCAAAAGGGUCAUUAUUUUCCCAAUGUUUACUAGAACUACCAGGUUUUUUUUUUGAGGGUGUGGGGGCAGAGUCUAGCUUUAGACCUUGGUCACUCUAAACUGGAUCAGUUGCACUGAUUGCACAAGUAGCUGACCAGAUUAAAGAGUGUACUGUGAUGCCCCUCGGUGUGCUAACGGCUGUCAUUGGCUGAAAGUAGGUGGGAGCCAGGGUUACGUCUCUGUACAGUCUGUUUUAUCAGUAUUCCUUUUAUCUCUCCUGUCAUUUGGUGGAUCUUGCUGUUUUACUCUCCCUGUUUCAAAGAUCUGUAUUAAACUGUAUUAAAUUGUAUAGAUUGUGCAAAACGCUGAAUGUUGCAUAGCAAAAGAGAAAAGAUAUUCCUUCAGAUGAAUAAGUGAUUUAAAAUGUAUAAAGAAGACUCAAGCAAAGUUUAGGGGAUAAAUGUAAUAUUUUGUUUGUAAUUACUAUUUUUUGUUGGAAGAGGGCUACUGGAUAAAGAAUCAUCUGUAAUAAAGUAAUUUUAAUAUUUUUCUGUCCCGUGGUGUGUUUUUGUGUGAGGCCUGCAAGCUCUUUAACAAAGUUUACUUACGUAACCUUUAAGCUUCGGCUGAAAUGUGUGAAUUUGUUAUACUGUUUCUCUGAAUUGUCUGAGGUGUGAUGCAACUCUGUUUUCUGCUUGCUUAUGCUGCAUAACCUUGUUAAGCAGCCAGCUGUAUGAUGUUAGGAUAAAACAUUUAAAGCGUGUUGUUUUUUAAAAAAAGAAUACAGGGAGAACUGUAAACAUUAGGUCUUUUCUUCCUGACUGCACAUUUGACAGAGAAUGUUGAAUUCAGUUCAGUUGGGUCAGUAAAGGCCCUCAUACGCCAAGCCAGCAAUCAGCCUUUAAAAACAUUUGGAGCAUCUGCAUUUUCUGUGUUUGACAGUUUUCAGAUAUGCCCAGUAAUAUAAAAUAUCUUGGAUAAUGCUGAAUCUUCUUUUGUUAAAUAUCUUUGUGAAAGACUUUAAGGGACAAAUAUCUCUGUACAUGAUUAAUGUUUCCAGAGUUACAUAAACAUAAAUUUACCAAAAGAUGUGUUUUUAUUAUUUUAUUGAAUGUUUCAGAGAAUCUCAAAUCUGUCCACAAGGAGCUACAAACAUGUUAAAUGGUGGCAACUUUGAGUGUUAACGUUAAAAAAGACAAGAUUAAUGGUGGAAAUGGUGGGCUUCGGCUCAGAAAAAAUGCAUAAGGAAGAUCCAGCUCUUUAAAAAUUGACUGAGGUAGAAAACUGAGCUGUUAUCAGGUAAUGGCUAAUUUAAUUUCACUUUGGAAAUAGACUUCAGAAGCAGCCUCUGUGGAAACUAACACUAAAAUGUACAGGUUUGGAGCUACAGUGGCAAUGAAACUAAAUAUAAGAUUUAAAACAA